AUGUAUACACGAACACACACUCUCUCGCCGCUCCCGACGGUUCUUCGACAUGGGCUCAAAGCCGUUGUUACGCUCUCUUUUUUCUCUCUCGUCACUUCCUUCACACUCCUGGUAUACCUAAUUGGCAGACUCGUAUGUUGGUAUCGAAGGACGAGCCCAAAGAAGGAACAACAACUGUCUGUCAUCACCACACAGGUUCCAGUCAUCGCCGGUCUACCUCACGAACUCGAGGCUCAGUAUAACGCAAACGGACAGACGAAGGGAUCGAGAGUCCCGAAUCAAUUCCUCAUUCUCCUACUCAACGUGCUCUUCGCCGAUGCCAUCCAGGCCUGCGCCUUCUUUCUCGACGUUGUCUGGUUGGUGGAGGAUAAGAUUACCGACGACUCGGCCGCGUGCUGGGCCCAGGGAUGGUUCAUCUCUACGGGUGACCUGGCAUCUACCGCCUUUGUGGCGUUUAUCGCAGUACACACCUAUCUCACCCUUGUCAGAGGUCUCAAGAUCUCGUGCAAGGCCUUCUACAGCACCAUCUUUCUUUUGUGGUUCUUUGUUUUGUUUAUGUCUGUACUUGGGGUGAUCAUCACCAACAACGGCGCUGGUAAAGGUGGUUUCUAUGUCCGCGACAUCACCUGGUGUUGGAUCAACUCAGAAUAUGAGGCUAUGCGGAUGUACUUGCACUAUGCCUGGAUGCUCACUCUGAUCAUUACGGGAACCGUAUCGUAUGUCUUGGUCUUCAUCCACGUUCACCGGGCAGACAAGGCAUUCCGAAGCGCCAGAAAGGCAGCCGCUGCUGCCGAAGAAGCCUCAUGCGACGGCGUACUGAGUCCCACGACCUUACCGAACGUCAUGUCGCAGCACAACCAAAAGACAGAGGUCCACAAGCGCAUCCUCUUCCUCUUCUACCCCAUUGUCUUCCUCCUAUGCACAGCGCCGCUGGCCCUGGGACGUAUCCUCAGCAGCGGGGGCAUCAAGCUCUCGGCAGAGUACCUCAUCUUCGCCGGCUGCAUGAUCACCUCCAACGGAUGGAUCGACGUCCUCAUCUUCUCGAGCACGCGUAGCGGCAUUCUCUUUGACGCGCCCGUCGACGAGCAAAACGUCGGCCUAGACACGUUCAACUUCACGCCCCUGGGCCAACAGUACGGCCACAGGGUCUGGAUUGAGGGUGGCGCUUCGAAAGACGACUCGCAUAACAGGAAACCAAGCGUAUUUCGCAGACCCUCGCGCCGCGCCAGGCUUGGCUCAGAGGCCAGCCACGACCGUAGCGAGAGCCAGACGUCGUUGCACGACCGGGAUGUGUCUGGCCUGAAGGGCAUUCAGAUGGAGACUGUCACUCGGAUCUUUGUUGAAGAGGUGGACCCUGCGAAGAAUAAGAAACUCCUACAGAUGAAGUGCUCAAGUUCUGCGUUGUGGCGUCGUGGCGGUGAACCUGUUACUUGGGCUGAAGACCAGAAAAGCUGCUGUCUCUCCGUCGACAUCUCAACCGGUGUUGGCUCUGGAUUGCUCCCUCAUCAUCCAUAUGCAACACAUCUGUCAUCAUCAAGUGAGUUGAAGAUGGCUCCAACCACUCAUCAACCAAGCAGAGGCCAAGCUUCGGAGACAACGCCCUUCAGACAGAUUAGGGCCCACUUCGACGAUGAGACCAUCACUAUCUACCAAGCAUACAACGCCGCCAUCGCAGAGGCAGCUGUCACUGCUCAGAAACUCGACGCAUCCCCGAACUUCAAACUUACCCGCAUGACCUGGAUCAAACCAAGCUGGGCAUGGAUGCUGUACCGCGCAGGUUAUUCAUACAAAGAUCGCGGCCAGGAGCGCAUCUUGGCGAUCAAAAUGACCCACGCCGGUUUCAUUGACCUCCUUCGCCAUAGUGUCCUUACACACGGCGGCGAUAUGGAUAAGGGCGAUGUACGGGUGCGCGUUCAGUGGGAUCCGGAACGCAAUGUGCGAUUGGAGAAGCUUCCGUAUCGGAGCAUUCAAAUUGGGAUCUCUGCUGGUAUCUGUGGAGCUUGGGUUGCUGAAGGAAUUAUCGGCAUCGAAGAUGUGACGGCCAGAGCGCGGGAGUUGAAAAGAGUCUUGGACGAGCGGCCUGAUGUCGGUGAUGAUGAGCUGUUGGCGUUAGGCCUGGUUCCCAUUGAGAAGGAAUUCUCAGUCCCCGAAGACGUUGGAGAUAUCUUGGGAAUAGAUUCCUUCCUUGAAAGUAAUUAG